AAAUAUUCUUUCUUUUUCUUUUUCAAAAAAAAUAAAAAUCCCACAUUUUUCCAUUACAAUGCCAAAAUUACCCAAGUCUUGCACAUUACACCACUGCACGUUAAGCUCUGAUUCAGAGACCUUGACCCCCAAAGAAAAAAACAGACAUGUUAGAGAAUAUCAUUUUAAGACAGCAAUCUAUGAAGACCAUGACACUGGUGCCAUCAUUGAGUGCACUCGGGACGAAUCAAAAGAAUCAAAAUUCCACUGCAUUUGCGAAAGUUCAUACAAAGUCCACUCAUCCUUCAUACGACACCUUCAGAAUAAGGAAUGUGAGCACCUAAAUGAUUUCGUUCAAAGGAAAGAAGCAUUCAAGGACGAUUACUUUGUACUGAGAUAUAAACCAGAUAGAAGGACAGCCUCCAGCGGUGAUGAGAGCGAUAGCAAAGCGAUUAAAGAAGUAAAAGAAAUGCUUCAGUCCAUAGAAAAGACGGUAUUAGAAGUCUACUCUCUCGCGAAAGAAAAUCAAGAAACGAAAUCAUCAGAGCUGAAUACGAAGACCUCGCAAAAACAGUCGGCUGUCUACGAACCAGUUUUACAGUGUUGGAAAGAAGAAUCUCUUGUUCUCUAAAUCCUGACGAAUCAAUGAAAUAUAGGCAUAAAAAAAACAAACAGACCCAAGGCGCCGGUACUUCUGGAGGUCCUCGAGAAGCCAAGGCUGUAGAGUCUACACCGAGUCUGCUCAAUUAUUUUGUGACAUCGAAGCCAAUG